AUUAAUCAUUACUAGGAUCCAUCUAAUCUUUUAGACCCCAUUCACUAAUUGAGGAUGUUAGGUUCAUCUUUACCUAUUAAUCUCUAUUUUAUAUUUGAAAUGAUAAGUAAUAUAAAAUUUCGCGCGUGGAGCCCCCGACCAACUAGGGGCUAUUCUACCAUUUCCAAAACGAAUUAGGGGAUUUUGCAAAACAAAAAGAACCUCCGACCCCGACGCUGCUGUGCUGGAAGGAUCCCAACGGCUACCUUUUCUACCGUUGCUCGGAAGCGUUUCAAAACUCCUCCUUUUCUACGUAACAACAGCACGUUUUUUGAAACUUGUCCUCCAUUCUUCCUUCUCCGGCAAAAGACUUCGAUUUGAUCGCCAAUUUGAGAUCGUCGAUCCAAUUGAAAGGAAUUCCGAUCGCCAAAGAAGAAGACGACGACGAGGAAGAAGAAGAUGGUGUACAGUUACACGCCCACCUACUACUCCUCCUUCCAUGACACCAUCACCUCCCUCUGCAAGUCCAUCCUUCCCUUCAACCUCCGGGGCGGCCGGCAGCCGCUGCCGGAUCAGAAGCUCGCCAAGCGCCACUCCGACAGCCUCAAGUGGCAGCAGGACUCCUUCCACCGUAUCCUCCACCUCAUCGCCCUCCAUAACGAAGGCAUCGUUCCGGAGAUUGACGUCGUAGCCUUCCGCGCCCACAUGCUUGACACCCUCAUCGCCGCCCCCAAGGACCUUGAGCCCGCCGGUGUCGUCCGCGACAAGCUUCUCUUCUUGCAGGAAUUGUUAUAUGCUAAAUGCAUCUCGGCGGAGGAGUACCACUCCUCGAAGAGGCCUCUGCUGCAGAGGCUCGCCGUGCAAGGCGUCGAGCUCGAUUUCCGGGACGUGAUCGUCCGGUGUCCGACGAUGAGCUCCGAAGAAGAAUGGUCGGUCAUAGAGCUCAGGGACAAGGAGCCAAUGCCGCCGUCUGCGGAGAAGUCCAAGCACCGAACUACCAUCAAAUCCUUCAUCAGCAACGCCGCUUCGCCAUGGACAGGGAAAGGGGAGAACAAGGAUCUCUCCUUCCCCAAAACGACGAAGGGACCUCUGGGCUCCGUUGAUGUGAACGACAAGAGCUCAAUUUUAAUGCCGGAGAGCUCGCCGGUGGUCCCCGUCAAGGCCGACAAAGGCAAGAGGAAGAUGUUCCACGACAUGUUCCGGAGAGAGAACCACGACCAGGACGAGAACAGAGACCCACUGAUCGCCGUGACAGAAGAGAAGCCGGUGAGGUCUACAAAGAAACAAUGGGGUCUUGAAGGGCUCAAGAAAUGGAAGAGAGGUGGCGGCGGCCGCGAAGGUGACUCGACGACUUCUUUUCUACCUACUGUCGAGAGAUCAGAUGAUGCUUCCUCCAUAGCUUGCACCCUCGUAGCCUCUCCGAUCGGCCAAGGCCCAGAUACUAAGAGGAUCAAAAACAAAAUUCACUUCGAUGGCUCUGCUUCUGAUUUCAUCAUUGACAAGGUCUUAGGUGACAACAUCAAGAAGGAACUUUGUCGAAUCCAAUCGGAACUGAGCACGAAGAAUCAAAACCUCGAUUUCUCGGAAGAACAAAUUGAAGCAAUCUCAACCAAGCUUCCAGUCGACAAGGCUGAUUUGAACAAAUUCUUUCCGAGGUCAUGGUGCGACAGAUAUGGAGACAUUGUGCUCGAUGUCGUGAGGAAGGAGUUCAAGGAUCAUGUCGGCGAGAUGGAGGCCAUCAGAAGUGGUGCUAGAGACAAGCAUGAUGAUGGCAGUUGUGGAGAGAAAUGGGUAGCAUUCGGAGAUAGUGAUGAGGCGUUCCAUCCCAAUCUCUUCUCUCGGAAGCAAAACUCACUGAACCCGUUUGUUUGAUGACAACCGGAGGAAGUUGCUUCUUCAAUGACAUGGUUGUGGGGGAUUCAUUCAAUCUCCACUCUUUCUAGUUUAUUGAUUAGUGUGUUUGUGUUUCUGACUGAGUUUGAUACUAUGGCUUACACUAUUGCUUAGUGUAAAAGGGAGUGGUAGGAAAGAACAAAAGGGUUCGUCUAAACAUGUUUAUCGUGUUUCAUUCAUUUCUCAAAUGUCUUUCAUAGUUUGUCUGUGAAUUAUGUCAACGAAGGUAAAUCAUUGAUCAAUUUA